AAACCACCCAACAAACCAUAAAUACGAGCUGAAUUGCAACGUAAUUUAAAUCAAACUAAAUAAACAAAGAAAAAAGAAAUAUAAGAAAAUUUAAUUCAUAAAAUUUCCUAAUUAAAUUUAUGGUCAAAAAAGACGCAGCAUUGUGUUAAAUAGAGUCAGCACGUAAUGACAACCUAUAUCGAAUUGGUCGGUUUGUUAAUAAUAUUGAUGUUGCCUUUUCUGUACGAGACCAGUCAUAUAUUUCGCUAUUAUUUUAAAUUUUUAAUCUAUUAUGGCAUCGUAUCGUUUAAUUCGAUUAUCUUAAUACCGGCGUUUCUCUUUCGGCCUUGUGAUGUACGCAAUUUACUUUGGGCCAGUACAUUUUGCCAUCGUAUAUCUACCCUUAUUGGUUUAAGAUGGGAAUUACGUGGUAAAGAACACUUGGAGAAGGAUCAGGCUUGCAUUAUUGUAGCCAAUCAUCAAUCCUCAUUGGAUAUAUUGGGCAUGUUCGAUAUGUGGCAUAUUAUGAACAAAUGUACUGUGGUAGCUAAACGUGAAUUAUUUUACGCGUGGCCUUUUGGUUUGGCCGCAUGGUUGGCUGGUUUGAUUUUCAUUGAUCGUGUUCGGGGUGAAAAAGCUCGAGCUACUUUGAAUGCAGUGAAUCAUAAAAUUAAAAAUCAAAAAAUUAAACUAUGGGUAUUUCCAGAAGGUACGCGUCGCAAUACAGGUGAGCUGCAUCCAUUUAAGAAGGGCGCUUUUCAUAUGGCAAUUGAUGAGCAAAUACCCAUACUACCGGUUGUAUUUAGUUCAUAUUGUACAUUCUUAAACGAUAAGAAGAAGAUAUUAAAUGCUGGCAACAUUAUUGUGACCGCAUUGCCGCCGAUAGCUACCGAGGGCUUAACUAAAGAUGAUUUGGAUGGACUAAUGGAACGUGUACACUGGGUUAUGAGUGAUACGUUCAAACAGUCAUCGACAGAAAUUCUACAGCGUUAUGCUGCACAUUCCUUAAACAAUAAGUGUCAAACAAGCAACAGUAGUAAUACACCGAAAUUAUCGCCGGUACGAACACCGGCAACCGGUGUUGGUGAUGAUUUCAUAAAGCACACAGAUACCGUAGCAGGUACAACAACUGUAUUUGAUAAAAAUGAUUAUCAAGAUGUGAUGGUUAUAAAAAAAUCAACUACUUUGAUACACUGAACGUAACUAAACUAAUAAACACACAGAUACUCUAGCAGGUACAACAGUAUUUGAUGAAAAUGAUUUUCAAGAUGUGAUCAACCACUUUGAUGCACUGAGCGUAACUAAACCAAUAUAUAU